AUCGGCUAUAUCGACUGAACUUGUCUCUCAAUAACACCAGUCCUCUUCGUUGCGACUCAAUCUGCCUGCUAUGACACUCCUGAUCCCUUUGACUUGCUACUAUGGUGAUGCACAUGUCGUGCCUUCUGGACAGCUGUGGGGAUCCUCGAAGUAGUACAGCGUUCAGGAUUUCCUGGGCGUCGCGAGGAAUAUCAAAAUGGCAGCAAGGGUCGCUGCAUGUGAUCUUUAUCAUAUUCCUUCUUGGUCAUCCUGCUAUCGUGAAUUUCUUCUUGCCCGCGUCGACAUAGGUGCAUGCAUUGAACUUAUUCAUCUACAAUUAUGCUGAGAUGCCAUAGUUGAUGGAGAGAAACUCAUGCUCAUCAUCGAGCGAGCCAAAAGAUACGAUCACCGUUGUGCGAGCCUGGAGGACCACGAGUAUUGGCAGCGGGUUGGUCAAAUUCCCGUAUGUAUGGGGACACUUCAAUGGCAUGACCAUCCACCCCACCUCUUGGACAUCGUUUCGAUUUCCGGCACCGCAUCCGCAGCGUUCAAAUACUACAACUGUUACGUGCGCCAAUGUCAUUGGUACGCUAAGGUCAUUCUGGCUUCGAUGGCGAAGGUAUUCCCAUCUUGCUCUAAGGAGGGAACUACUUCGUUCUCGAAGAGGAGAUUUGCGAUAUUUGGAAGCCACAAGCUGUCGCAGGUACAACUCCUUGUGGACCUUCACGCUAUUUACCAUCAGGACACAUGCGCCUGCCCACCUCCUGUGAAUUAUCCCUUUAUCAUCACACCUGAUUGUCUCCAGGCCUUCAAGUCGGCCAUAACUGGAUGCCUUGAGACAUCUUUGGCACAGAUAGACUGGCUUCAACCCGCUGGUGGCGUCGUCAAUGGCUGCUGUGACCCAACGCUAGGACGUGAGCCCAACACCGCUGGUGGAUGGACCUGAAGGCGGUAACGGUGGGAUGAAUGUCCUAAAAGCAAAAAUUGGCGAUGUCAAAGGUCGAAUAGUCUUCUCGGGUCUUGUUUUAACCCUCCUCGUACACGGCUUUUGGGAGUGAAU